AUGUCCGACGACAAGAAAAAACGUGUUUCGUACUGGUACUUCGGUGGAUUGGCUAGUGCCGGUGCGGCAUGCUGUACCCAUCCGUUGGAUCUGUUGAAGGUCACGCUUCAAACGCAGCAGGAAGGUAAAAUCUCGCUGCUCCAGCUGACGGGAAAGGUGGUACGGACGCAGGGUGUGCUGGCACUGUACAACGGCCUUUCGGCGUCGCUCCUGCGUCAGCUGACCUACUCGACGACACGCUUCGGUAUCUACGAAGUUGGCAAGCAAGCGAUGGGCAACGACUCCGGCUUUCUGGGCAAGGCGGCACUUGCUGGAGCUGCCGGUGCAGCGGGUGGUUUCGUCGGUACGCCGGCCGAUAUGGUGAACGUACGAAUGCAAAACGACAUCAAGCUGCCGGUCGAACAACGACGCAACUACAAAAACGCCGUUGAUGGGUUGUUCCGAGUUUAUCGUGAAGAAGGCUUUGCCAGGCUCUUCUCCGGUGCAUCCACAGCAACGUCGCGUGCCGUGUUCAUGACCAUUGGUCAGCUUUCGUUCUACGAUUUGGUGAAGGACUUGCUGCUAAAGUCUGGCCAUUUCGGCGAUAAUCUCACCACCCACUUCUUGUCAUCGCUGACGGCGGGAGCAAUUGCGACCACACUCACACAACCGCUUGAUGUGCUGAAGACUCGCGCAAUGAAUGCGAAACCGGGUGAAUUCAACGGCAUAUGGGAUAUUGUGCGUUUUACAGCGCGGCUCGGUCCUCUCGGAUUUUUCAAGGGCUAUGUGCCAGCCUUCGUGCGCCUUGGACCGCACACUAUCCUCACAUUUGUCUUCCUGGAGCAACUACGCAUGAACUUUGGAUACUUGAAGCCGGAAGCGAAAGCUUCGAAGUAGUAGUAGCAACAACUCAACACACACACCUGCUAUCCACUAACGAUUACCGGUUACGGGUUACCGUGAGCUUUUAGAGCAAUUUUGACACAUUCCACUAACGAACAAGGAGUACACGGAGUCACACUCAAAAUAGGAUCGGCAUGGAUCGAUUAGCGUUACCGUAAAACGGGCGGUAUCGAACAUUGUUAUGGGUAUAUUUGUUUGUUUGUUUUU